AAUUUAAACCUAACCUCAAUUUCUAUCGCGAUUUGACAGUAGUCGAUAUACCAAUAAUUUGAUUCACUGGAUUAAUAAUAUUUAAUAAUAAAAAUGUAAAGUAUCAGGUGUUAUAUUGUUGUUAGUUACUCAACCACAUUAAAUUGCUUACUUUGAAAGGCUCCAAAUGGCACCAUUAACGGAUUUACUUUCCUGCAGUGUAAUAGAGAAAGACUGUAAUGGAGAUGUCUUGUGGACAUGGUCGUAUCCGGCAGUUACGGAAUCUCAGAAGACCGUAGUCACGAGAAAAUGCAAUUUGAAAUUGGAACAUACAUCCCCUCACGUAUUUGUAUGUGCGAGACAUGGCCACGACUGGUUCUACAUACAUUGCAGCGAAGUCUUUGACUCUGACAAGCUACCAAAGGUAAAACAGUUCGCCCUGGUUCUCUUUGCAAAGGAUUUUAAUCCACAAAAGUAUGAAGUACUUUCACGAGUUCUCAGCAAGAUGUAUUGCAAAACUGGGAAACCUACGGAGAUCUUGCAGUUAUACCUAUCUGUAUUUACAAAGGGAUCGUGUUCAACGCAGGAGAAUGGAACGUUUGUCUCGGAUGAUUUCAAUACUCAUCGUUUCGCAGCUAGUACCAAUGUCAAAGAACUGAUUAAAACAUUCGAAUUAGAAACAAUAUUGAUAUAUACCGCCCUCUUAUUGAAAAAGAAGAUUAUUGUAUAUCAUCACAGCUUGGAGCAGCUUCUUAAGUGGAUAAAAACAUUUCCUGCGUUGAUGAAGCACAGGAAAGUCACUGACAAUCUCUUUCCCUGGAUUGAUUUGGUGAACGAUGAGUUAAUCGAAUUGAAGAAAUAUUCGCACUAUGUGGCAGGCUGCAGUAAUAGCUCGAUAUCGUCAAGAAUAGAUCUAUACGACCUACUUGUAAACAUUCCUGCUAGAGAAAUUACUGUAGCACCGCAUGCCAAAGAAAGUCUCACAAUGACAAAAACUCACAAGGAGAUAGCCUUGUUCAUGGUUCAACUGUGCGAAAAUCAAAGCUACACGGAGGCACAGGUUAUAUCGGAGAUAAGUGAUAAGACGCAAGAUCUUUUGAACCAAUUAACUUCGUUAGCGACAGUGCAAGCACCAGAUGGCAGAAGAAUGAUCUCCGUCGAGAUAUUUAAGGAGAAAAACUUGGCGCCGGCUGUGGAAAGUUUCCUCAUUAAUUUAGCCAUUGCCGAAAAUCUUUUUGUACUAUGAUAUUAAACCAAAGUCUUUAAACAUGUUAAACACGGUGAAGAAUAAGGAAUAAGGAAUAAAAUGUAUCUAUUUCUUAUAUUCUUAUCUUAUAUAUUAAGAUAUAAGCAUUCAUCGUUAUAUUCUACCAGCAAAUUACUUAUUUUAUUCUUACUCGGCCUGAAUCUUUGAUGUUACAUUGAUAUUGUUAAUUAUGUUUUU